AUGUGGCAUGCACAUGUUAUGGCAAACAGGAGGAGGAGGAAUGUUGCUGGGGCGGAUGACAUUACUCAGAAACUCUCAUUCGUCACAUUCUUACUGGUGGCGGAUGCUGAGUAUUGGUGGCAAGGGAUGCAGCAGCUGAUGCAGACCCGGGUAGAGGAGGCAUACACAGACAAGUUUGAGUACUCGGCGAGAUUCUACUCGUCCACUGUCAUGGAGGAAUGGAGAUGCCAGAAGUAUGAGGGCGAGAUGAAACAUGAUCUUCAAAGAUUCCUCAUACCUUUGAGGAUCAGAGAGUUCCCGGUCUUGGUGAAGCAGGCCAAGGCAGUAGAGCAGCUGGAGAUGGGGCCCAACAGGGUGGCGCGGUCACAGAAAACCCUCGUAGGUACUCGACAACAGAAGAAACCCUAUAGCAAACCACAAUCUUCAGCCAGGAAACUGCAAUGUUACAAUUCGGGGGAUAACAUGUCAAGAGGGACUGCCCAAAACCCUCUAGCAGUUCUAGAGGAGGAUCUAGAACUGGCAAGUGUUAUGCGGGCCAGCCCGCCAGCCCGCAGGCCAAUUUUCAACAACACAACCUAUUUUCCCCUUACGGGCCAGCCUGACCCGACCCGUUUAAAAUGGGUCAAAAUAGGGUGGGGUUGGCCCGUUUUGACACCCUUAUUGACAACCAUUGAGGUGACACAGUCAAGUAACCUGGUGCAGACUAUUUGUUUAUUGUUUAAUCAUGAGGUUGUGGUGUUGUAUGACUCAGGAGCUACCCAUUCAUUCGUAUCUAAUGAAUGUGUGAGGAGGCUCGGGCUUGUGAUUCGAGAGCUGGGGUGCGAGUUGAUAGUUGUGACACUAGCGUCUGGCGAGGUAUCCACCACUUCUGUUUGUGUGGGAUGCCUUAUGGAGGUGGUAGGCCGCAGGUUCAAGGUGAAUCGCAUUUUCUUGCCAAUGGAGGGUCUGGACGUGAUUCUUGGAAUGGACUAG